GCACGUGCGACGUUCUGAGGACGUCGCGUCUUGUUUGGCGUCACCGGAUAUUGGUACAAAAAAGACAUUUGGCCAUGUUGUGAAGACUUAACCGAUACAAUGAUCAUUUGGCAAGUCAUUAUCUUACACCUUGCCUGUGUACUCGUUCAUGGAGCUGUGGUCAUCAAUUUCCUUUCGGACCGAUCACCCCCAAGCUCCAUCCCAGCAGAUGCCCAAAAGAUAUACAGUGUACCUCUAAACCAGAGGAUUAGUAAGCCAGUAGUGGCUGCCAUCAUGGACAAUGGAGAGCAAGCAGAAACAGGAUCUUUGGCAUCAGCUCUUUUUUAUGUGGAGACAAUAGAUUCAUUAACAGCAGCGACACCAUCCACAACAGAUCAGUGGAAGGCUGAUGGAGGCAAGUUAUGUCAGUGGGCAUACAAUGUUCGAUACCCGUUAAGAAUGGACAGAAGGUUUUGUGAAUUUUCCUGUGGAAAUGCAAGUUCACAUGGAGCCACAGUUCUUGGACCUCUUGAAGCUCAUAGUGGACUUAUGAUUGCCGAGGCUAUGUAUCAUCAACAUAAUGAUUUAACAAAAAUUCCAGCUAAUAACAGAAUCUACCGCUUUACAUUGCAUCUCCCAGAUGGAACCACAGUGACCCAGGACACAAAUCAAUUCACGAUCACAGUACCUGCCAAGACUUUAGUGAUAACUUCACAACCUCCAACAUCAAUCUCUGCAAACAGUCCAUUUGUUGUCAGUGCAAAGAUUGUUGACACAGGCAGCGCUACUGUAGCAGCAGGGCUUGACUCCACUGCAUUUGUCGACCUCCAAGUCUCAUAUGAAUUCAAAAAGUUUUAUCACUCUGUUGGAAAAGAAAUGUUUCUUUAUAGCACUGAUGUUCGUAUGGACAGUAGUGAAGCUAUCACCCAUGCAAGUACUUACGACAGAAUUAUCCGAAAGAGGGCUGUGAAUGGACUUGUCACUUUCAGUGAUAUCAAAAUCUUAGAUGUCCAUACAGCUGUAAGAUUCAAUUUGACAAUGACAACUGCACAUGACCCCUGGAUCAGAACACCAAAUGACUACACAGAUCUAGCAAGCAAGUUCAUCACGACUGCAUCAGACGGAGUACUGGUGUUUUCGAUAAAUACGUCAUACCCGCUAAGCAGUGCAGUGGUUUUAAGUAACUACUUUGCUGUUACUGAAACCAGUGUUGGAGCAAACUUUCCAAUUAUUGAAGACCUGAAAGUUGAAGUGAGAGAUUCAAGUGGAAAAAGAAUAUACUCAGGACCUGACUCAAGCCUGUCCGUGACUACAGUGGCUACACCAUCAAGUGCAUGUUUGUCAGUAGAUGCUAACUUCCAGACAACUGACGGCCAGGGCACAUUUGUUGGAUCUGUAUGUGAAGCCAUCACUGGAGUAACUCUGAAGUUUACUGUGACCACAGCAGCUACCACUACCUUGACUUCGGCAGCAACUCCAUGUUUGACCAUCACUUCUGACAUCCACAUCGCAUCCUACAUAGACAACUACCACUCAGGAUCUAGCUCAGAUGUGCAGCCUCAUGUGGAAUCUUUCAUUCAGUUUGCAGUUAACGAUAUCAACAAUGAUGUCUUCACAGGAAUACUUAUAAAUCGAACUCUACAUCUGCAGCCAUUUAAUACUUGGAAUGACAUCACCUCUACUGUCAGCACGUACAGACAAAUGAUUGAUGCUGGAAAGGCCAAUCCAAAUGAAAUGGUGAGAGGAAUAAUUGGAUUUGGACACAACAAACUGACCCAGGGUAUUACUCCUCUUCUCAAUGGUGACAAGAUGCCUGUUAUAUCCACCAGGGAAACCAAGAUUGAAUUUGGGGACAAGUCAUUAUACCCGUACUACAACAGACUGGCUUGGAACGACGGCGCCGCAAUUCACAGUGUGUUUCUUGCUGCCAAAUCAAGAAAAUGGACCCAUAUUUUGAUUAUACGAUCUGCAGGAUAUGAACUUAACAAUAUCAUCUAUGACAAAGCUCAAAGCAAUGGAAUAAAAAUCAUGGGAGAGGUUGUAGUGCCACAGUUAAGGCCUGAGGAUUGGGUAAGAAAUGACCUUGACACUACGAUGGAAAAGGUGAAAAACUUAGGAACAAGAAUCAUCUUUUCAUAUGUCACAGCUCCACUUAUCUACCAUGUCUUGAGAGAAGCUUACAACUAUGGAAUGUCCGCCUUGCAUGGAUACCAAUGGGUCUUCAUUGGCAUCUUUAUUUGGCAAUUCCCCUGGGGGAACCAGCAUGCGGAAUGUAUGAUGAUGCCAAUCUGUACUGUAGCAUACAGAGGAACACAUGGAUUUGCUUCAACGUAUGAUUUGACAGCCUAUACAUCUGACGACUGGUUGAGAGUCAUGGGUUAUCACAUGUACAGUGACCGAUCUAUAUACCACGGCCGGUCAAAUAUGUCAUCCAUGAGGAAGGUGGGAGCAGAGUUUGCUUUGGGCUAUGAUGCCGUCAGGACAAUGGCAACAGCAAUGACCAACCUGAUUGACCAAAGACAAACAAUCACUGGAGACAAAAUUGCACUGGCAGUGAGAAAUGUUUCUUUUGCUGGGUUAACAGGAGGUGUAUCAUUCGACGUUCAUGGCAACAGACCUGGUUAUCGAGGAUUUCUUGUCCAUUGUAAUCCUAUACCCCCAGAGUUUGGCGUCAUGCCCACAAAUGUAGCUAUCUUCACUCGAACUAUGGUGAUGCAAAGUGAAGAGGCCACGGAACAGUUAGAAGUUGUAAUGGAGGCCUUUUAUCCUCUCUACUUGCCGCCAUAUAAUUAUAUACUUGGACAGACUGCAUAUCCAAACACAACGAAAAUGAACACAAGAUACUACAACUCAUCAAGUGGUAUGCUUUCUCGAAAUGAGCAAAAGAUCGUCCCAAUACCUCCUUCCACAGCGACACCUGUUCCUUUUGUUCGUGAAGAACCUGCAGUAGCACCGUUCUUCUGUUCUUCUGGAUGUGGAGGGGCUCUGCUAAAUCCCGCUGACAUCAAUUUCUAUACAUACGGAACAUGCACUGCCAUGGAAACUUGCACAUGCCUUCCUGGAUACUAUGGAGAUGAUUGUAGCAAUAUGAUUUGUUCCUGCAAAAAUGGCAGAUGUGAUGUCCCAAGUGUUUGUAUCUGUGACCCUGGAUGGCAGGGUGCCCUUUGUGAUGAAGCCAUAUGCAACCCUGGUUGUGGAGCGAAUGGGUUCUGCAAAUCCCCAGACACCUGUCAGUGUAAUGAUGGCUACACAGGAGGGACGUGUGGCACGCACUUGGCUGUUGCCGUGAUUCUGCCAUUAAUGUUUGGGACAGGUUUGGCAGUUGGACUUUUCUUCCUCAUCAGAUUUCUCAGCAGAAGGCAUGCUCGUUUGGCGUCUCUGGCGAACCUUGAUUGGUUGGUGAAAUGGGAUGAAAUUACUGCUGCUGAUCGGGCUAUCAGUCUGCUCUCCACAGCCAGUGAUACUAAUGACAAAGUAACUGGUAAUGUCGUUACAUGGAGACAUCAGAAAUGUCAUGAACAGGAUUUCAACAUUGACUCUCUUGACAUCAACAAUGAAAGUCUGAGGUUAGAGAUGGUCUUGAUGAAGGAAGUACGUCACAACAAUAUCUUAACAUUUGUUGGUGCCUGUUUUGAUGCUCCACACGUCUGUAUUCUUACAGAGGUGGCACCUAAGGGUAGUUUAGAAGACUUAUUGUCCAAUGAAUCUGUUAAACUGGGCUGGGAUUUCCGCUGCUCGAUACUGAAAGACAUCUGCAGAGGAAUGGAUUUCCUACACCGAUCAGAAAUAGUAUCUCAUGGUCGAUUGAAAUCCACAAACUGCUUGGUUGACAACAGGUGGACUUGCAAAAUUGCAGGGUUUGGAGUUCCAACAUUAAGAUAUGGUGCUAAAAGAUUGUCUGAGAAUGAGGAAGCAAACAAGCUCAGUACACUAUUCUGGACAGCUCCAGAGUUUCUGACUACCUGCUCAUCCCUUGGUGAUGUUCAGUCUGGAUCCAAAGCAGGGGACAUUUACUCAUUUACAAUCAUUGUCACUGAGGUCUGCACCCGAGAACAACCUUUCACAUAUGAACUUCAAGUUAUGGAGCCCAAACACAUAAUUCAAAUGGUUAUUGACAAAGAUAAUCCAGACAACAAAGAAGCUCAAGCAUUGUGGAGAGAGCUUAAAGCAGAUACCAUGAUGCCAUUCCGACCGUAUGUAGAAGAGAGCUUUUUACCAGAAGACUAUGAUGCUAAAGCCAACAUGAGGAAGAUGUUCGAAGCUGGGUUUCAUCCAAAUCCAGAAUCAAGACCAGUUUUCAAGGAGAUGUUGAUGAGGUUGAAUGAAAUUCAUCCUGUCAAGGGUGAACUCAUAGACAAUCUCGUAAACAUGCUUGAGAAAUACUCCAGUAAUCUGGAAGCAAUCGUAGCUGACAGAACAAAGGAACUGCAGGUGGAGAAAGCCAAAACAGAGCAACUUGUCAGCCAGAUGUUGCCGAAGAAGGUUGUAGAGGAUCUCAAGCAUGGUCGAAAAGUUGAUCCAGAGAGCUUUGAAUGUGUCACCAUUUUCUUCAGUGACAUUGUGGGUUUCACUGCCAUUGCAAGGGGCAGUACUCCUCUACAAGUUGUAGACUUGCUGAAUGAUCUGUACACAACAUUUGAUGCCAUUCUGGACAACUAUGAUGUAUACAAAGUAGAAACAAUUGGUGAUGCAUACAUGGUUGUGAGUGGCUUGCCAAUCAGGAAUGGCAAUCUCCAUGCAGGAGAAAUUGCAACAAUGAGUCUUGAUCUGCUGUCCUCCAUGAUUGGCUUCAAGAUACGACACAUGCCUGAGGAAAUACUACAGCUCCGUGUGGGGAUGCACUCUGGUCCUGCUGUGGCUGGUGUUGUUGGUCUCAAGAUGCCCAGGUACUGUCUGUUUGGUGACACGGUCAACACAGCAUCUAGAAUGGAGUCUAGUUCAAUGGCCUUGAGGAUCCACAUGAGUUCGAAGACCGCAGAUAUUCUCAUGGUACUUGGUAGCUACAUAUUGGACUGUAGAGGAGAGCGAGAAGUCAAGGGCAAGGGAGUGAUGACUACCUACUGGCUCAUGGGCAAGGAAGGAUACACUAAGCCUCUCCCUGACCAGUCAAUGGCUGCUUCACUGUCGAAACACGAGUUCAAAUAAACUGAUAAAGAGUCGGAUGUUGCUGAAGACAUUCUAUCUCAUGUGCCAGAGUUCUCUGUGUGUGAUCCCGAUGGCGUCAUGAUUUCCAUGAAGAUUUGUUCCCUUAUAUAUUGUUAUGUUGACCAAUGUGUCAAUGGUUUCGUGAAUUCCUUGUGAAUUCUGUGUCUAAGCAAUGACUGUGAUGGUGUAAAGGAUAUUGUUGAAUUUCUUGUUGAAGGUUGUUGACAUUGUGGUCUGUUGAAGUGGUUCUCAUGAAAUGUGUAUGUCACUUCUUUUUUCUUCUGACUUUCUGGAAACGCAAGAAGUUACUUCAACGAACAAUUGCACCAUUACAUUUCUUAGCAACUCAUAAUCUCGUACUGUCUCAAGAAAGUUGAAAUUGUGUGGGUGACAAGCAUACAUAUAUUAAUUCUUGGAUGUUAUUUUUUCAACAAAUGUUUGGUACUUUGCACUGGAAUUUGUAUUAUGUAGGUUUCUAGUUACAUCAUUCUGUCUUUCACCUGAUGCAACAGGAGAUCUCAAAUGUUACAAAAGUGAAAGAUGUCAAAAUAUCAAUUCAACUUGCACAGAAGUUAUGUUUGUAAAUCAGACAAAGAUUCUGAUUCUCUUGUAUUUGCACCUAAUGUUACAUUCUAACCAUCAUGAACUUGGUGAUAUUUCAGAAGAUUUAGUUUUUCACAUUGAAGAAGAGGCAUUUUCAUUAAUAUCUUCAUCAUUACAGAAUGAACCUUUAGCCACAAGCUCUUUGUUUCUGUGAAGUAAAUCUUUGAAAGUUGAUGCUUGGAUAAAGUAGCUGUGGGCGAUAUGCUACGGUUCUUGUCCAAAAGUUUGAAACUACAUUGUUGUAAACAUAGCUUAAGAUCUAGUCUGACAGUCUGAUGAGGUACGAUCUACAGAACGUAAUCACAAAAUGCUACUUCUCACUUGUAGACAAAAGAUUUUUGCAUGUUCAGUUGAAUAACAUUUUAGGUAAUGAAAAUACUGGGAUGACAAAUUUUGAAAGCAAGAAUCUCAUUUUGUCAUUUCUGCAAUUAUUUCGAUCAGACUCUCAGCCGUGAUAUAGUUACUUCCUAUGAUGAACAUGUUGUUUAUUUUAAAAAUACUGGCCCACGAAGGAUGUCUUUUCAAAUAUUUUUUACGUGAACAUACAUAAACUGCAGAGUUUUGGGGCCAAGUAUUCAAUUUGAGACAGAUUACUUAUAACUUUUAUAAUAUCUAUGAACUAUUGACCAUGAGGGAUGUAAUCUCUCUCAGAAUGAAUAUUUUCCCUAUUUUCAUGAGUGCCUUUAUUUAUCAAGUAUUUAUUGUGAAGAAACUGUUCCUGUUUAUUGCAUGAGUUAUUUUUGUUAUGGAAAUCUAUGGUGGGGUUGUAACCAAGAACUGCUCACUGUUAAGAUGUCAAGCUAAAAUUAAAUAUUUAAAAUU